AUGGCGGGUGGUCGUAUGAAGUAUCGCCAUCUUGGCCGCAAGUCUUCGCAUCGUCAAGCCUUGCUCCGAAAUCUAGUCACUUCGCUCUUCACCCAUGAAUCUAUUUCUACGACGUGGCCCAAGGCCAAGGAGGCCCAGCGGCUGGCGGAAAAACUCAUCACCCUCGGCAAGAAGAAUACCGAGUCGAGCCGCCGUAGCGCAUUGAGCAUCUUUUAUAAACCCCAUGACCUACUCCCAAAGCUUUUUGGUCCACUGCGCGAGCGCUAUGCCCUCCGUCCCGGGGGUUACACACGCGUUCUCCGCAUCGAGCCGCUCAAGCCCGACCAGGCGCCCUCCGCCAUUCUAGAGCUUGUAGAUGGCCCAAAAGAUAUUCGCUUUGCCAUGACGGCUAAAACUGUCUCCCGCACGCGCAAAGAGGGAAAGCCAAUCAAUGAAAUUACCGACUUCUUCCGUAAAAAGGUUACGCGAUUCCGACCGAACGGGGAAGCUGAAUUCGAUCAGAUGGUUGAGAAGCUCAACACGCUCGAGGUUAGUGAGAGGAAUAACGCAGAUAGUAAAGAGCGUCGAUGGGGAGGUCACGUCUAG